ACAAACUUCAUCAAUUGAACGUUUGAAAGUUAAUCCAUUAUUUCUCAAUUGAAUGUUUGAACCCCUCAGUAUUUCACAAACUUCAUCUUUCUCUCUACUCUCUCCCCUCUUUCUCACUAUACACUCUCACAGUCUAACUCAACCUGUGUCUGCGUGUCAACCGAAGGAAACGACGCUGCUAAGUUCAUCUUCGCCGCUUCUAAUUCAACCACCUGCAGUCGAGUUGAAGCUUUUCUUGCUGGAAGAUUUCAAUGGAGUUCAUCUCUUGAAGCUUUGUAUGUUGUUUUCAUCUAUUACUAUUCUAGUUUUUUCCGCAAAAUAAGAAGAAUUUACUGGGAACUGUAGGACAUUUAGGUUGAUGAUUUUGUGAAAUGGGUCUUCAUUUUUGUACUGGAUGUUGAGGAUUAGGGUUCUUGAAAUUAAUUUGGUUGAGUUAUAAUUGGCGUCUUAUUGAAAGUAGAAAUUUAGGUUCAAAUAAUUUGUUGCUUGUUUGAUUUUAUUGAACAUUUGGAAUUGUAUUGGUUGUUCAUUGAGGCAGAAGAAUCAAGAUUGAAAAAGUUAAUUUUGAGCUGGAAAAAUGGUGGCAUUGGCGAGUUUGCCUUAUCCCUUUGCCACCUUUGUCUCAUACAAGGCUAACAGGAUACCCAGAAAAAUGAAGAUUCAAUUGUCAAGUGUUCCUUCUUCGUCUUUGAGGCGUGCUAAGAGGAAAAACUACCUGCGCCCCAAAAUCCUUAAAACCCUUUCAAAACCUUACAAUAUUCCCCUGGAUGAUCAAAUAACAGCCCCAAUUCAGCCUGUUGAACAAAAUGUUGAGGUUCCGUUGGAUUCCAAAGUGGAGCAAUCGGGUCGUAGCUCUGUAGAAGAAUCAGAGAAAGAAUCUGGUUUGAGACAACUAGAAGCUGUUAGGAAUUCAACGGCUCAAAAUUUGGUGGGUUUUGGUGGAAUUUCAGGUCGUACCGUUGUUAAGAUUGUUGGUUCAUUUGUGGGUUUGUUUAUUCUACAGACUGUUAUUUCUGUUUGGAUAAUGGGUUCUGGUAAUUCUAAGGAGAAGAAGAGGGGUUUGGAAAUUGGGGAUCAGAAAAAGGAUCUUAGGUUAAGGGUGCGAGAAGGGGAACAGGGAAAUAAUAGGAAUGCUUUUCUGAAGAGUUUGGCGAGUGUGGGUGUGGAUGAGUUAGAAAUGGAAGCUAAGAUUUCUGAAAUUAGAAAGAUGGCAUGGGAGGUACGAGAGGCUGAGAAGAGGAAAAAGGUAGAGAGCGGUGAAGCCGAUAUAGAUGAUUUGAGUGAUGAUGAUAGUGAGGAUUUUGAGAGUGAUGAUUCUAGGAUCAAGAGUGGUAUUGUGAAGGAAGUUGACGUACGGUUGAGUAAGUUGAAGAAAAGAUAUCCAGCACCCUCGCUGAAUGUUAAUCUAUUGAAUAAAUCAGAGGGUCCUGGGAAAGAGGGGAAAGAUAAGGUUUUGGAUGGUAAAGAAGAAGAUAAUAUGUUAUUGUAUAGGACGAAGCAUAAAUUUAGGAGUAAUUUGACUACACCAGAAGAGAAACCUAAAGGAUUCCAGAGAGUUGACGGUGUAAGAGCAAAACAUAGUAAUAUGGGUGACGGAAAACCAGUUGAGAGAACUGGAAGUGGUGGUGACGUAAAUCAGAUGAAUGUUCUUGAGGGUACAAUUCCUGAAAAGCGCAAUAAUGGUAUGGAUAAAGAAGAGAAGAUAACAGUAUCUCAAAGUUCUGCACCAUUGAAAGGCGCUAGGAAGGAAUCUGGAAGCAAUGGUGCUAAAAAGAAGCUGGACAAGGGAAUCAAUGGUUCAACUGCUUCUGGAAGCAAUGACACACCAGAUAAGGUUACCAAGGGAAUGAAUAAGGGUGUCAAACCAAAAGAAGGUUUGACAACCUUGGGAAGCAAUGGGACACCAAAAAAGUCGAGCAAGGAACUGAAAGCGGGUGCCAAACCAGAAAGAGGUCUUGUCCAGGAGGAUCAGCAUUCCAGCGAUGGUAACAUUUUGGAUGAGGGGGCUGGAGCCGAAUUGUCCAGCACUAUUGCAACUGAAGACAAAAGGAAGAUGAUUGAUUAUGCUGCCUCAACGAAAUCCGAGAAAGAUAUGUUACCACAAAGAAAAGGUCAGCCCAAUACUAAAAAACUAGGAAGCAAACUAUCCCGGAGCAUUAACAAAGAUGAGCAAGAGAACAUUGAUCCUUGGUGGUCAAAACUUCCGUAUGUUCUUGUCAUUUUGAUGCAAAAUGGCAUUGGUAGUGAAGCACAGCGGGGAUUCUAUAACAUAAAGAUUUCCACUGAUUCAGAGAAUCAGUCAUACUCGACUUACACUGUUGCUUUUGAAGACAUGAAUGAUGCUAGGAACUUCAGUUAUCUUCUGGAAUCAGCUUUUGAGGAUCUCCCUGAUGCGGCUGUAGAUAUCGCUCCACUGUCAACAACGGAAUUCAAAGAAGUAGCAGAAACACUUGAUGAUAAAGUAUUUGUUGUAAGGAAGGGAGAGUUAAAGCUUUAUGUUGGUCAGCCACUUGCUGAUGUUGAGGUUGCUCUGAGGUCAUUAGUGAGAUGAACAUCGAUCGUUCAUGCGACUCCCUACAUACGUUUUCAGAGGAAUAGAAAAUGGAUUACGUCAGUAUCAGCAUCAAGUAUGGUUUUGCAAUGGCCACUUACCUCUAAUAAAUAUUUGGGUACUUUGGAGGUCGCUUAGUUUUGGAGUUUUUGCUUUAUUCCACUGAGCAGCAAAAAGUACAUUCUUCCAGGCCCCCAUCUCUUUUUGGUCCAAACUGUAAGUCCUAAAUAUUGCUAGAAUUAUAGGUAAAAUUGGCAAAGUUUUGUAGGUAAUACGGAGUAGUAUUUACCAUUAAUUCAGUGAAGUUACACAAUAUAAUGGUAUAAUGGAAGUCUGUUUCAGUUA